AUGCCUUCCUUCUUAUACUCGCAAGUCUUUGUCCGUCCAACCUAUCCCGAGGGAUCCCUAGACGGCCAGACAAUUCUCAUCACCGGUGCCAAUGUCGGUCUCGGUUUAGAAGCCGCCCGCCAUGUCGUACGUCUAGGAGCCUCCCGCGUUAUCCUGGGAGUUCGUAAUGUCCCAGCAGGUGAAGAAGCCAAGAAGGAUAUCGAAACUUCCACCAAGCGCCCUGGAGUUUGUGAAGUAUGGGAGGUCGAUCUUGCCUCAUACAGCUCUGUCCUGUCCUUCGGUGACCGAGUCUCCCAACUUCCACGUCUGGACGCCGCUAUCUUGAAUGCAGCAAUUGCUACUGGUGAAUUCCAGCUCGCCGAGGGUCAAGAGCGAUCAAUCACCGUCAACGUUAUCAGCACCUUACUUGUGGGACUUCUCAUCCUCCCAAAGCUCAAGUCCACCAAGAAGGAAGUGCCUUCCUGCCACCCACACCUCUCAUAUGUGGUCAGUGAAGUCCACGCGUGGGUGAAAUUUGAUGAAUGGAAGGAAGAAAACGCUCUUCAGAUCAUUUCGGAUCCCGAGAAGGCUAGGAUGGGCGAGCGGUACCCUCUGUCAAAGCUGCUGGAGGUCCUAUUGGUGCAGGAACUCGCUGGGAGGGUGCGUGGCUCUGAUGUCAUUAUUGACAUGGUGAAUCCUGGUCUUUGUCAUUCACAGCUUGGCCGGAAUGCAGGCUGGGGGCUCUGGUUACUGAAGCAGAUUCUUGCGCGGACGACCGAAAUUGGAUCGCGCACUCUUGUUGCUGGUAUCUUGGCAGGCCUUGAAGCCCAUGGUGCAUACAUGACCGAUGGUCAUGUGGAAAACAACGCCCUCUCGGAAUUUGUACGCAGCGCAGAUGGAGCAAAGGCCAGGGAGAAGGUCUGGGGUGAGGUAACUGCCAUCCUCGAGAAUGUGAGACCUGGGAUCUUGGAGAACAUUUAA